AUGACUUCGAGGGACGUAUCCGGAGGUUGGACGUAUAUCGACAUGCCGCAACACACUCCCGGGCAGCCCGCUGCCGACGCAGAGACGAUGGAACAGAGGAUCACCCGCGUCAAAGCCGACCAGAGCGACCUCUACGAGUUUCACAACAUUGACUUGGUACGCCCCGCCAGGCUCAAGGACUACUACGUCGAAGAGCUCGACAAACUCCACCAGCUAUCUUUCGAAGAGCUACCGGAUCAGGAGGCUCGCGUGGACUAUGUCCUGCUGAGAAACUACCUGCGGCGGAGCAUCCGCCGACUGGAGCUUGACGAGAAGCGCAACGAGAAGAUGGCACCGUUGUUGCCGUUCGCCGCGCCCCUUGUCGAGCUGCUCGAGGCCCGCCAGAAGGUCGAGCUGGAUUCUCUGAAGCCGCGACACACGGCAGAUGUCAUGGACGCCGCCACCAGGCUAGUGUUGAAGACCAAGGAGGGAGUAGAGAGCGGCAAGAUCCACGUCGACGGCGUCACCGCUAUCCGGGCAGUCAGCACCAUCGAGCAGCUGCAGGCGCGCCUGGCAGAGCUCAUCGACUUCUUCAAGGGGUACCACCCCACCUUUGACUGGUGGACGGCCCAGCCCUACGAAGCCCUGAACAGGGCCCUCGCGGAUCUCAUCCCGCCCAUCAAGGUCAAGCUCGCCGGCCAGCGCCCCGGCGAGGAAGACGCCAUCGUCGGCCAGCCCAUCGGCCGCGACGGCCUGCUGGUAGACCUCGAGGCCGAGAUGAUCAGCUACACGCCCGAGGAGCUGCUCAAGGCCGCCGAGGAGAAGUUCGCCUGGUGCGAGGACAAGAUGCGCAGCGCCGCCGCGCGCAUGGGCUUCGGCGACGACUGGCACGCCGCGCUCGAGCACGUCAAGAACCUCGGCGUCGAGCCGGGCGAGCAGCCGGCCAUGGUGAAGCGGCUCGUCGUCGAGGGCGCCGACUACGUCGAGAGGCACGGCCUCGUGACCGUGCCGCCGCUCGCGCGCCGCACCUGGCGCAUGUACAUGAUGGCCGCCGAGCGGCAAAAGGUGAACCCCUUCUUCCUCGGCGGGCCCGAGAUCAUCGUGUCCUACCCGACGGCCGCCAUGGCGCACGGCGACAAGCUCAUGAGCAUCCGCGGCAACAACCGCCACUUCGCCAAGGCCACGGCCUUCCACGAGAUGAUCCCCGGCCACCACCUGGCCAUGUUCCACGAGGCGCGGCACCGCGCCUACCGCGCCCUCUUCGAGAACCCCUUCUGGGUCGAGGGCUGGGCCAUGUACUGGGAGCUCGUGCUCUGGGACCGCGGCGACUUCUUCGACGGGCCCGAGGACGAGGUCGGCACGCUGUGGUGGCGCAUGCACCGCUGCGCCCGCAUCCUCUUCUCCCUCGGCUACCACCUGGGCCGCAUGUCGGCGCAGGACUGCGUCGAGCUGCUCGUCGCCCGCGUCGGCCACGAGCGCCGCACGGCCGAGGGCGAGGUCCGCCGCUCGCUCAACGGCGACUACGAGCCGCUCUACCAGGCCGGGUACUACCUCGGCGCGCUGCAGAUCUACUCGCUGCGCGACGAGGUCCUCAGGAAGGGCAUCUGCGCCUCGGAGAGGGAGUUCAACGACAGGAUACUCAGGGAGAACGAGAUGCCAAUCGAGAUGCUGAGGGCGCUGUUCCUGGACGUGGAGCUGUCAAAGGAGUACAAGGCUCAGUGGCGAUUCCUGGAUUGA